AUGCGCAUAACGAGCCUCACUACAGCCUUGUUGCCUUGCUUGUCACUCGUGCAGGCGUCGUCCUUCACCUACAACAACAGCUCAUUCCUCCUCAAUGGUGAACCUUACCAGAUACUCGGAGGGCAGAUGGACCCGCAACGUAUGCCUUAUCAGUAUUGGGAGCAGCGCUUGCAGAUGGCUCGCGCGAUGGGCUUGAACACUGUCUUCUCUUAUGUCUUCUGGAACGAACUCGAGCCCAAGCAAGGCCAAUGGGACUUUACCGGCCGAAACAAUGUGGCCCAAUUCUUUCGGCUUGCCCAGCAGCAAGGCCUCAAUGUCGUCCUCCGACCCGGGCCCUACAUCAGCGCCGAGCAUGAAUGGGGAGGCUUCCCCUCCUGGCUCAGCCAGAUCCCCAACAUGGCUGUCCGCCAGAACAACGCGCCCUUCUUGAAAGCAAGCCGAGCCUACAUUGAGCGUCUAGCAAGCGAGAUACACUCUCUACAGGUGCCAUACGGCGGUCCUAUCCUGAUGGUCCAACUCGAAAACGAAUACGGCAGCUUCAUCCUCCAGGACGCCAACGGCAAGCAGUAUGGUGGCGCUGACAAGACGUACCUUGCCGCCCUUGCAGACAUUUUCAAGGCCAACUUUGACGUCUUUCUCUAUACAAAUGAUGGCAAUACCGAAUGGUAUGUCACUCGCGGUGCCCUCAAUGGCAUUCUUGCCGAGACGGAUGACUCGCCCCAACAAGGGUUGGAGGCCCGCAAUAAGUAUGCGCAUGCCAGCAGUCUUGGGCCCUUCUUGUGUGGCGAAUAUUACAUGACUGGGGAACAACCACUCGUUCAGUUUGUACACGUUCAACGGGUGACGAACUGGGGAUUCCAGAAUGGCGCCGACCUGUACCCGACAAAGCAGAUCCAAUUGGCAACUACGACUACGUCCUAUUCCGACAACGCGGCACCCCUGGAUGAGAGCGGGCGUGUGAGGCCGAGCUUCUACAAGUAUCGUGAGCUGUUCACCAAGUACUCCGGGCCAGCCCCCAACGUGCCUGACGUCGGGAGCAUGUCGACUGUGCCCGCGCUGGCUCUGGAAGCCGUGGGAAGCCUCUUCGACCUCGAGGCCAAGACACCCACCGCCAAGAACGCGAUGCCAAUCAGCAUGGAUGCCCUGGGCCAGUCCUACGGCUUUGUUCUGUACGAGCAUGUGGCAAGGUCGCCCGUCAGUGGCGCAAUCGGCCUGGUGAACGGCCCGCGGGAUCGAAUCAUUGUUCUCAUCAACGGUACACGCUCAGGUGUGAUUGACGUCAGUUACUCAAAGUAUCGAACAGUCAACGUCAAUCUUGCCCAGGGCGACGUCCUCCAGCUUCUGGUCGAGAACCUUGGCCGCGUUAAGUAUGGGCCCAACAUCACCGAUCAGGUCAAGGGCAUCAAGGGGGAUGUGACCAUCGGCGGCACCGCAGUGCAGGGCUGGUCCAUGUACUCCCUCCCACUCGACAACGUUUCGGCAGCAUCUUCCGCAAGCGGACCGUACGCCGUGCGCGCGAAUAGCCCACCCGUGUUCUACAAGGGCCAUUUCAAUACCCCGUCUGCGACGGGACCUGAUAUCAACCGCGACACCUACCUUGCCCUGACGAAUGUUAUCAAGGGCGUGGUAUGGGUGAAUGGAAUAAACCUCGGAAAGUACUGGACUGUGGGUCCGCAGCAGAGCCUUUACCUGCCUGGCUGCUAUAUGCUUCCACCUGGACAACUAAAUGAGGUCGUGGUUCUUGAACUCGAACCGCAGGCCGGGAAAAGUAUGACGGCAGAAGGCAUUACUGACAGAAAGUGGUUCAAUAACCCUGACCCAGAUGCUCCUUAG